AAAAAAAAAAAAGAAAGAAAGAAAGAAGAAAGAAGAAGCUCUCAACCUCACGUCAGCGUCUAAACAAAGCUCAAUACCCACAAACCUAAAUUGAAAAAAACUCUAAAUUGAAAAAAACUCUCGCUCUCGAUCCAUUUCCCUUCUCCAUCUCCACUCCACCGGCCACCACCGACCCAUUCAAACACACAAUCACAAACCCAACCCCAACCCCACUAUACCCACUUCUCUCCGUGUCUCUCUUCCUAGCCGCAACUCACCACAACCCCUGCCCUCACUGUCUCGGCAAUUUCAGUGUAGAGAAAUUGCCUUCAAGAAUUAACAACAUUUGGUGGUCUAUCCAGAGGGAAGCUCCUUAAUCCAUUUGACUUCAGCCAUUCUUCAGUGUUUGUUGCUAUAGGGUGUUUGGAUUUGUGUUUAUAAGAUCUCUUAUUCAUCAAAAGAGUACAGAGGACAGCUACUGUGCAAGUUGCCGCAUUUUUGUACUCAAUAAGCACCAAAAGGCAAAAAUGCUGUUAAAAGAUAUGGAACGAGCGGUACAGGAUAUUGUUGAAGAAACCAUUAUUGAUGGGCUGUCAAGUCCAUCCAGUCAAGAAGGAACCAUUAUUGAAGGGCUGUCAAUUGCAUCCAGUCAAGAAGGAAGUGAAAGUAUAACUGAAGCAAGUGUGCAAGAUAGCGAAGGAGAAACUCCUACUAAUGCAGUGGCCAAAGAGCCUCUUAAAUGUUUAAUAUUCAAGGUUCCUGCACAUGUUCGUGAAGUUGACGAAAGAGCUUACAACCCCAAGGUUGUUUCCAUUGGUCCAUUUCAUCAUGAUGAACCAGGGUUGAGAUUCAUGGAAGCUCAAAAGUUGCGGUUUUACAAUCGCCUCUUACAGAAAAUAAGAGGGCUUACUGGUGAACAAAGUCUUGAAAAUGCCAUGAAAGAAUUGGAGGGAAAAACCAGAGAAUGCUAUUUGGAGGAUUUUGAGAAUAUAAAUAGUCAUGAUUUUGUCAAGAUGAUGACCCUCGACGGCUGCUUCAUUGUAGAGCUCUUGCAGAGUUACCAGGGAAAAGAUAUGGAGGAGCCCAUUUUUGAAACGCGUUGGAUGUUGCCAACAAUUGCUCAUGAUUUGCUUAUGCUUGAGAACCAGCUUCCUAUGUUCGUGCUGCAGAAAAUAUUUGAGCUUACUAUCAUCGAGCGAGAAGCUACUCUGAACAUGCUUGCUCUCCAAUUUUUUGAACCGUUGAGACCUGGGAAGGACAAAUUGAAAACAGAUAUACUUGAAACAAAAGGAUGAACAGAGUGGCAGUGAUGGUUGAAACCAAUGGAGCCAUUUAGCAGGAACUGUCCUAUUGAAUUGAUUGGAACUUACUGGAUUUUGUUGAUAAUAAUGCUUGAGUUGUAAACAAGUUUCAUGAAUAUGGUUUUCUUUUAAGAUUAUGAUCAGAAUGUAAUGAAUAAGGUCUCCAUAUAAACUUCAUAACUGCCAAUGCUGCACAGAUAAUUCAUUCGAAAUUUUAUAUAUAGUAGCUUUUAAUUUUA